GCCAUAUUGGGAAUAUUGACAGCCGUAUGAAGAUUUUGAUCGCGAAUUUCUUAGUUACGAUAAAUUUCCACAGAAAACGUUUAUCAGUUUCGUGAUUUAAGCGUUAUAACUAAUUAAUUAGUGUAUAACACAUGCAUUUUCUUUGUCCGUCCCUUUGCUAGGAAUAUACCGAAGUUAUUCCGUUUUAGAAUAAUUUCGCAGUUCACUAUAUGUACUUUGAAUUUACCGCGUUUAUACAUUUCACUGCUUCUGUAUUGGAAACAAAUAUGUGUGACCUUGGUAUACGAUAAAACAAUUUUAUAUUUUAUCCGACUGUUACACGUAUUGUGUGAUUAGUGGAACUCUACUUAUGCUUUGAGUUUAAAUGUAGUUAAGAUGUUUAUGAUUUAGCAGUUCUUAAUUUAUUCGUUAAAGAAUGAAAUUUAGUGUCUAUCAAUAACAGAAUACAGUAACCUUACCAUAGUAUAACAGAGACAAAGGUGUAAAUAGUGUAGUUAUACAAUAUGAUUAAAACUCCUGUAUCUAUCCUUCAAGAAAUGAUGGUAAAGCAACAGUCAGUGCCUGAUUAUCAACUUAUACACGAUGGGGGUGGCACACAUAUGAAUACCUUUACCUACCAAGUUACUUGCGAUGGCCUUACAGCAAAUGGUACUGGACGUUCUAAGAAAGAUGCAAAGCACGAGGCUGCAAAAGCAAUGCUGGAAACUAUAGCAACACAUAGAGGAUAUCUUCAACUUCCUGCACCAACUUCGCAGUCGCCUUUAAGAACACCUUUACCCCCAGUAAUUCCUGAAACAGAAAGACUGCCUCCUAAUGUGCCAUUUGUUAAUGCAGUGGGUGCUUUAAAAGAGCUAUGUCUUGAAAACAGUUUACAAGAGCCUCAAUAUGUACAAGUCAGUGAUGUUGGGCCUCCUCAUAGAAAAAUAUUUACUUUUCUAUGUAAUGUAGCAAAUUUUAGAGAAACUGGAGUUGCAAGAACAAAAAAGCAAGCAAAACAAGAAGCAGCAAAGAAGAUGUUACACAAGUUAACAGACUUAGUAGCUGAUUUGAAUAUUAUCACAGAGCUUGGUGACAAGGAAGAGGAAACUGAUCCUACUAGUGAAACUGCAAAAUCUCUUUAUCCAACAUUAUCAAGGUUACCAAACGCUAAAAAGAUUAACUUAGGCUAUAAAAUAUCGGAAUAUCACAUUAAAGUGAAGGAGUCUAUAGAUAGUGCUCUAUGCCAAGAAUUUGUAACAAAGUUGGACACCCUUGUUCCUGAAGAUUGUAGUAAUAUUACACCAGAAUUUGUACAAGAAUUUCAAUUAAGUUUGCAAGAUCUUUUGUUUUCUGUAAAUUUAGAACUUAGUUCUAUAUUUAUAAAACCUCUGAAAGAAGAUAUUUAUAUUACAGCUAUAAAAGUUAAUACUUCCCCGGAUACUGUACAAAUAGCAUCAGGAAAUUCAAAAGAAAGAGCUACAUUUUAUGCUUUAUUGAAGAUAAUAAAAACAUUAAAAUUUUUUUUUAAGUAAAACUGGAAUAUUUGGCUAUAAAAUAAAUUCGUGUUUAUUUCAUUUUUGCGUUAUUAAUAGAUUUUCAAGAAAGAGUGACAGGAAAUAUUUUUUUUUAAAGUGAUAUAGAGAUGAUAUGUAGCAGUUGAGAAAUGUAAAAAAGACAUUUUUGUUUCAAUAUACUUAACACGGUAAGAUUUGUACAAUGUCAACAAAGUUGAAAGAUUUUUUUUGAAAAUUCAAAACUGUAUUUAUUCUCGUGGCGAUACUCCUAAUUACAGGUUUCUGAGAAAUCAGAAAAUAAAAUAAGAUGACUCAUCGUUAA